GAUGAGAAUUUUCAUUUUGGAAUUUGAUUUUCGAUUCAAAAACAGAGAGAAAUUGAAGCAAACAAUAGAGUGAUUUUAUACAUGUCAUGGGUCAGAAGGCGGAUCAGUGAACACUGAUGUCAUUGUUCUGGAUAAUCUCUCGUCAACUCGCAGAGAUUGAAGCCAUGGCUACUUCAAAGAAGGUAAUAACAAGGGAGGAGUGGGAGAAAAGACUUAAUGAUGUAAAGAUUAGGAAAGAAGAUAUGAAUAAAUUGGUGAUGAACUUUCUUGUCACAGAGGGUUAUGUUGACGCAGCGGAGAAGUUCAGAAUGGAAUCGGGGACAGAACCAGACAUAGAUCUUGCAACUAUCACAGAUCGUAUGGCAGUUAAGAAGGCAGUCCAGUGUGGGAAUGUUGAGGAUGCAAUCGAAAAAGUUAAUGAUUUGAACCCCGAGAUAUUGGAUACAAAUCCCCAACUCUUUUUCCAUCUCCAACAGCAAAAGUUGAUAGAAUUGAUUAGGAAUGGUAAGGUGGAAGAGGCUUUGGAGUUCGCCCAGGAGGAGCUUGCUCCAAGGGGAGAGGAAAAUCAAAGCUUUUUAGAAGAAUUAGAAAGGACAGUUGCACUACUGGCUUUUGAAGAUGUUGCCAACUGCCCUGUUGGAGGGCUUCUGGACAUAUCACAGCGCCUAAAGACAGCCAGUGAGGUGAAUGCAGCCAUUCUUACUAGCCAAAGUCAUGAAAAAGAUCCAAAACUUCCGAGCUUAUUAAAGAUGCUUAUAUGGGCCCAAAGCCAACUUGAUGAGAAAGCUGCUUAUCCUCGCAUAAGUGAUUUAUCUACUGCCAUUCUUGAAGAUCCUGCUGUCUGACAGGAGUGAAAGCUCCUGGUGUGUUAUUCCAUUGUAUCCCUCUUGUAGUGGAAGCUUAACAGAAUGAACCAAAUAUGAAGGAAAGCAAAUAUACUUCUAUCGAAAAAGACUGCAGGCAGUUAUUCGUGAUUGUCGUUUUAUUAGAAUCUGUGUCGUGUUAGGGUGUUGCAUUUACUCCUUUAGGCUGUUGUAUACACAUUUGUCUCCUCAUAAUUUGAAGUCAAUAUUUUCUGGAAUUCGUUUGGCAUACCAUGUACCAUGCCCGAAUUGAUUAUAGUGUAACCACUUUAAUCAGAAACACCCUAGUCAUGAUCGGCACACUAUCAUUUUGAGGGGUUGUCAAAAUCUUGUUAUUACUACUAAUAUUACUGUUGAAGUGUUUCCCAUUUUAUCGAGAAAAGAU